AUGGUCUACCAACGCAGCUUCCUGACUAUGUCAGUCCUCUCCUUGGCCUCAAUCGCCGCCGCUCGCCCCGAUAACCUGAGAGGACGAACACCUCCGAACCCCAACACCUGCCCCUGCUUACCGGAAGGCACACCGAGCGUCAUUACCAAGACCGAGACUGCCCGUGAGACAGUCUAUGAGACCGCUUCCGCUUCUUUCGUCCAGCAGACCAUCACCGCUACCCUCACAGUUACGCGCUCACCAGUGACCGAGACCGAGACCCGGACUGUUCGCGUCACCACGACUGCCGAGGAGCAGGAGCAAGUCACGGUCACCUGCACCGAAAUCGUCAGCGAAGGCCCCGAUGGCUCGGUAACGACCAAGACCAAGCCUCCCGGGGGGCAUGGACACACCAAGACGAAGACGCGCACUGGCCAUGGCAGCUCCCAGACAAGCGCGCCGGGCCACGACGAAGAUGACCAAGCCACGCAGACGAACUCUGCUUCCGCGUCCGCAACGGCAACCCGUACCGGCUCAGACGAUGGCCAGCCGACCAACAAACCUCCCCAUGGGGAUGACGGCGGCGAUGAUGAUGACAACGGCGAUGGCUCCAAGCCGACCUCAGCCCACCACUGCAACCACUGGAACGGCACCAAGUGCGUCAAGCCGACCGAUGUCCCCAGCGACUCCGCCGUUACUCUCACAGCCACAACAACCGCGACGGCGCCGGGCACGACAACUGGCAACGCUCUCCCGACUUACUCGGUCUGCUCCGUCUCUGUGGCUGUUGUCACAGUCUACAACACAGUCACCGCGACUGUCUACCAGAGCGAGACCGCUCCUGUACACAAGCCUCGCGCGCCAACCGCAUUAGUCGCCUGGUAG